UUUCCUUUUAAGGUAUGAAUCAUAAAUAUUGAAAUUGGAGCAGAGAAACGAGAUUAAAAAAGUAUUUUUGAAAUAAGUUAUUAGGUGCUAGCUAUUUUAUACAGCUCUUCUUUAAUUAGUUGUGAAGUUUCUUUGAUAAAUAUGCAGAAUCCAAAUGAAGAUACUGAAUGGAAUGAUGUCCUACGAGCUAAGGGUAUUAUCCCCCAAAAAGAAAAAGAGAUUACUGAAGAUCAGAUUGUGUCUAUGUUAGAAGAAACCAUAGAAAAGAAAACUGCAAAUGGAAAAAAUUUGUCUGAACUAGACCUGGAUGAAUUAGAUGAACUGGAAGACUCAGAGGAUGAAGCUGUUUUGCUCGAAUACAGAAACAAGAGGAUAGCAGAGUUAAGAGCCUUAUCUGAGCGCCAGAAGUUUGGUUUUGUUGGAGAAAUAUCUGCCCAGGACUACAUCAAUGAAGUGAAUAAAGCAGGAGAGGGAAUAUGGGUUAUUUUGCAUUUAUACAAACAAGGAAUACCCCUAUGUGCCUUAAUCAAUGAAUACAUGAAGCAUUUAGCUGUCAAAUACCCAACAGUUAAGUUUCUAAAAUCAAUUUCUACCACUUGCAUACCCAAUUAUCCAGACAAAAAUUUGCCCACUCUGUUUGUCUAUUUUGAGGGUGACCUAAAAAAACAAAUAGCAGGCCCAUUGGAGUUCAGAGGACCAAAUCUAACUCAAGAUGAAUUUGAGUACAUUGUUGGGAAAACUGGUGCAAUAGAAACAAGUAUCAAAGAAGACCCUAGACCAAAAGUUAAGGACAAAAUGUUCUCAGAUUUGGCCGAAACUAAUGAUUGGUAGUACAUAGGUUCAUUUAUUUACUGUGUAAGUAUUACAUUGAACAAAUGUACCAAAAACAGUUCUACACACCAGUGCUGAAUACAAGAAAAUAAGGAUUGAUUUUUAUUUAUUUUAUAAUAAAUAGUUUAUACUUAA